AUGUCCAUUCCAACAGUUAUGCGUGACACACAGUUGGUCGGACAACAUCUCUUCGAUCACACUCCAGUUGUUCGGACGGAAAUUGAGCGAUUCAUUGAGAGGUUCGAGAAAAAUGAGCGACAUCGAGAAUUUGACGGAAUACUACGAGCUAGCCAUGCACUGAUCGAAGCUGCUGAAACCCCUGUGGAAGCGCUGUUCAACACUGGUAAAAUGCAAUCAUUGACGGAGGAUAUAAACCGGCUCACGGAACGAAUACAGAAACUGUCCGAGCCCACAUAUGGCAAGGAACAUGCGGACUAUCUGGCUGAAGUGGCUAAAAAUCAAAAGGAAUGGUUGGAAAUGCGCCGAUCUGAAGCGCUUCUAAAGCUGAGAAAAUGA